GUUUUGCAAGAGUACGCGUGGCAUUGCGUGACUCUAAAGAGAACAAGGAGGAUCCAUCACAAUCUGAAAUGUUUGUUGCAACUCGUACAAAAAAGGGAAAGCAAGUUCAUGAAGAUGCCCAAAGUGCAAUAUCUGAACUUCAGAACCGUCAACACUCUGGGGAAACAGCAGAUGAAGCAUUUCAGGCAGUGUUUGGAAAGGAGCAGCCUGGUCGAGUACGAUGCUAUGGUAGAUCAGUGACAAAAAGUUCUCUGAAAAAAGAUGAGGAAAUCAACAAGCUCCAACAGAAGCAUAACAAUGAAGUCUCUACUUUGAAAGAAGAAAUCAAGGAAAUGAGAGAAGAAAUGCAAGAAUUGAGGCAAUUGCGACAUAGCUUUAAUCUAUUUGUAACACCUCAUAUACCCGGGGUUGUUGGAUCUAACCAACCUUCUCCAGUUGAUGCUACUAGUGGACAGGCUGUUAGAGGCCAAAAUCUUCCACAUUCUUCUGGAUCAACUCAUGGACCAAUUCUUGAAAAGGAGAAGGUGUGUGAUGCAAUUGGUGGUAGAAAGUCAAUUUGA